AUGGCCGAGCGGGCCGAAAACGAAGGCCACGAGGCCGAUCCUCCAACGCCUGAGGAGGAGGUGGAGCAAGUCGAUGUUGUUGUACGUGGGGUGCAUGGAGAACAGGUGGCCCUGCUGCAGCUCCCAGCUGCGAAGGCGACCAUCAUGGACGCCAAGAUAGCUUUGAGCUCUCUGCUGCUGGUGCCUCUCUAUACGCAGCAGCUGUUGCUAUCAUGCAGCGAAGAUGUGCCGGGAGACCACGAAGAGCUUGCCUUUCUGAAAGGCGCUGACUCGCCUGUCUUGGAGCUCUGCUACGUCCGCCUGGCAUUUGACGAGGCGGAGUCGGCCAAGCUACUCGUCCAUGCGUGGCGAGGUGAAGCAUCGGAGGUCGAGCAGUGCCUGAUCGCACGGGCGUGUCCAGAUCAUCGAAGCGAGGAGGACGGCCGGACGGCUUUGCUGUCUGCGGCUCUCCAGGGCCACCUCGAGGUGGCAAAGCAGCUGUGCCGGGCUGGCGCCGUCGUUGACCCAGAAGAAACCGAUGGCGCUUCGCCGAUGCUUGCAGCUGCCAUGCAGGGCAGACUGGAGAUGGUGAAGUUCCUGGCUGACGCCAAGGCCGCUCUCGAUCGCCCAACAGCAAACGGCACUACGCCGUUGCACGUUGCAUCCCUGUUCGCUUGGCACGAUUGGACUUGCUUAUUGUCUUCUGUGCGCUCAGUGCUUCGUCCGCUCUGCACCUUUCGCAUCUGCGGCGCAAGGCCACUUGGACGUGGCAACCUAAGCUGCGUAUCGUGGUGUUUGCGAGUAAAAUAG